UAGUGUACUAUUACAAACCACUAUUUGGUCUACCCUCACAACUUUUUUCCACAAAGCCUGGGGUUAGGGUUUGGCAUACUGACUGAGGGGGUUGCAUUCUCAUUUAUUGGUUAUGGGACACGCAGGAAGAGUAAUAAUUUAUUUCAGCUCAUCACUUUAAAAGGCGGAGGCAAGAAUCGAAAAUGAAACUAGCGUUUCUUUGCCGUGGCUGACUCAAAACAAGUUUGGACAUGUAUGCCUCAAGUUCAAAGCAAUGAAGACAACGACGAGUUGUGCUGUAUUUACGAUUGUGUUUUUGUUUGUUGAAAAUUCAUUUGAAUUGCACCAUGACAAGGCUUCUUCACUUAAAAAUCUGAUCAAGACUAAUAAAGCCGAGAAGAAAGUUUUUAAACGAACGACAUGUCAAAAUGAAAGCCAUUAUGAGUCAGAUAGAUUUUGUUGCAGAAAAUGUGAGCCAGGUUUCUUUUUAAAAAAUCACUGUAAAGAAGAAGGUGGCUCUCCAGAAUGUCAGAAAUGUGAAGAGGGAAAAGAAUACAUGGAUCAUCCACAUGCACUGAGUAAAUGUCUUGCUUGUACACGUUGUGCCUCUUCGGAAAACAUGGAAGAAGAUCAGAACUGUACUACAACACAAAAUACAAAGUGCAGAUGCAAAGAAAAUUUUUUCUGCAGUCAUACUCCGUGUAGUUCCUGUCAAUCAUGUAAAGAGUAA